AUGAAAUUAAUGGCAAUGUGGCCGAUCUCAACGUCAAAAUCAAAUCCAAAAUUAUCGUUAACAUGCACAUUAGAUUUAAUUUUAAAUUCAAAUGGUGAAUUGAUUAAAAUUACAGAAGGUUUAAUUAAUUCUCUGUUAUAUAUUGUUGGUACCAUACAAAUUAUUUAUUUUCAAAUACGUGCAAAAGAUUUAUUAAAAUUGGUGAAACAAUUGAAUCAAACAUUUCGUUAUGAAUCCGCACACAGUUUAGAAACAAUAACAAUGCAAAGUUCUUAUGAGUAUGCUAAAAAAUUAACAAUUCAUUGGAGUUGGAUAUGUGUUGUUAGUGCUUUAGGUUGGAUGCUAAACCCAUUUCUAAUGGAUUCACCAGAUGGUAAACGUUUAAUACCAUUAAAAUCAUGGUACCCAUUUGAUUAUCAAACAUCACCAAACUAUGAAUUAGUAUAUGGUUUACAAGGAAUUGGACAGAUUAUAUUGGGCUCAGCAUUUGGUAAUUUAGAUUGUAUGUUUAUGACAAUGGUAAUAUUAACUAGUGGACAAUAUAAUUUAUUACGUUCAAGUUUGAAGAAUAUACGGUAUACGGCUAUGUUAAAAGCUGGUAUUACUGAAAAGAACGUUCAAAAAUUUGCAAAUUAUUUCAAUCAAUAUGGAAUUCGCGAACCAAUUGACAAAUCUAAAAAUCUAAGCAUCUUUGCACAACGACACUGGAACGUUUAUACACUAGAUGAUGAAUUAUUGGAGGAUAGUUUAUCAUAUACAAACAAAUUUGACAAAGAACUAGAAGAAGCCUUGAAUGAUUGUGUAAAACACCAUCAAGCUAUUUUAGAAUUUUGUGAAUUAAUGGAAUGGUUUUUCUCACCGAUUGUCUUAAUUAAAAUGGUUUAUGGUACAGUAUUUUUAUGUUUGUUAGCGUAUUCAGCAACAUCAGCUGUGAGUGUAUCGAUUAGAAACUCCAUCUAUGAAUGUCCAUGGUACGUUUGUAAUAAACGUUUUAAAACUUCAAUGCAAUUGAUAUUGAUGCGAUGUAACAAACCGGUUAUUUUAACUGGUGGAAAAUUUUUCCGUUUAUCUGUUCAAACAUAUAUUUCGAAAAAUAUGAAAGAGGUGAUUUUGGAAAAAACAAUACCACAAUAG